CUCAUCCCGUGGCAGCCUGGCCAAGCUGUCUCUGCUGCCACCCGUGACCCACAUUCCUCUGCUCCCCCUUGCAAGCCCAGGUGACCACCCUCCUCUCUCGUUCUUGGUUUUCUGGAGCUUCGUCUUUGAGAAUAGCCGUCCCGUCUCCUCAGUGUGCUUAUGAAGGCCCAGCUCAUCCAGACCGUUUCAUAAUACCUCCCUGCCAUUCAAAGUGCUCGCCGCCUGACUUGUUAUCAUGUGGAUCACCCUCCACCCUUCUGCCAAAGGAGGAGCUGAAUCUAUUCCUUUAACAGGAGGGGAAAGAAAGGGUUCUUUCUUUGCCGUUCAGUUUUGCUAAUCAAUUUUGGAGGCAGGGACAAAUUCAGCGAUUAGAACAUUAGGAAGGAAGCCAGAGGAACUUUGACAUGGAUACAACACUUCCCAAGAAAGAAGCCGGCGGGAUCACUCUCCUGAGCUCCAUAGGCUGAAGAACAAAGGCGACCUGCAGAAACCGAGAAGAACAGCCAAGAGGCCAGCGCUCUGGGAUUCCUGGAAUCGAGUCCCAGUGGAGAAGUCCUUCCGGGAGCCCGUGAAGCGUUGCUGGCUUUGCCAUCUUGGCUGCUUUGUUGGAGAGCUGAUCUCACAGAGCUGAGACUUUCUGGGAGGAAAGCUGCUGACGGAGGAACCUGCAGCCCACAGGUGAGUGUUUGGGGCACCCAAAGAUACUGGCACUCAUCCUAAAACGCUUCUGAAAAGAAAAGCUCUUCCAAAAUCGGUGGGGGCCACCUUUUAUUUUUCAUAAGUAGCCCCACAAAGCAUCCACGAUGCCAGAGUUGUCCCCCAUGAGGGUCCAUUUGGACUUCCCCAAUGGCACCAUGGAUCUUCUUGGCAACUGGACCAAUGAGACCUUCUGUGCCAACGAGCAGCAAGUGGUGAUCCCCAGUGAACUCUUCUUGACUCUGGGAGCGAUGAGUUUCGUGGAGAACCUGCUGGUGGUGGCUGCCAUUGUCAAAAACCGGAACCUUCAUUCCCCCAUGUAUUACUUCAUCUGCUGCCUGGCUGUUUCAGACAUGUUGGUGAGCGUCAGCAACCUGGUGGAGACCCUCUUCAUGUUGCUCAUAGAGCACGGGAUGCUGCUUAUAGAGCCCAGCCUAGUCAAGCAGGUGGACAACGUCAUGGACAUGCUGAUCUGUAGCUCCUUGAUGUCCUCGCUCUCCUUCCUGGGCGUCAUCGCCAUGGACCGCUACAUCACUAUCUUCUAUGCCUUGCGCUAUCACAGCAUCAUGACCAUUCAGCGGGCCGCCAUCCUCAUGGUGGCUGUGUGGCUGGUCAGCAGCGUCUCCAGCAUCCUCUUCAUCAUUUACGACAGCACAGCUGUCCUCAUGUGCCUGGUGGCUUUCUUCCUCUCGGUGCUGAGCCUCAUUGCAGGGCUCUACAUCCACAUGUUCGUGCUGGCACACCGGCACGCCAGACAGAUUUCAACCAUGUAUGGCAAGCAGCAUGCACCCCAAUUUACCAGCAUGAAGGGGGCCAUCACCCUCACCAUCUUGCUGGGGGUUUUCUUGAUUUGUUGGGGACCCUUCUUCCUCCACCUCAUCCUCAUCCUCAUCUGCCCCAGUCGUCCUGCCUGCAAGUGCUACUUCCGCUACUUUAGCCUCUACCUCAUCCUCAUCAUCUGCAAUUCAGUGGUGGACCCCAUAAUUUAUGCUUUCCGGAGCCAAGAGCUCAGGAGAACGUUGAAAGAGGUGGCCCUGUGUCUCUGCCAGCCAGCGAGCGGAUCCAGGUGGGCGGCAAGGAGGGCUGGGAAGCAGGGACAGAGCCUGAGACAGUCCUCGCUGCCGGUCAGAUCUCCAGAGCUCAUCAAGAUGCCGAGGAGGGAAGGCCGGGGUUUACGCCGGGCCUCGCUGUUUGAGCGGCAAAGCUCGCCAGGGAGAGGCGUGGGAGGAGCACGCGUGGAAAGACCGGCUUUUCUGAGGCCUCCGGCUGGAAUCGCGUCCCGUACCAGCAGCGCCUGGAGCGUCCGCUGGGGCAAACGAGGGGAAGGGCAGCUCCCGCAGCCUCGUAGAUCCUCAGGAGCGGCUAGGAGGGGUUUUCUGCUCGGAGGGAGCGCAGCCCCUCCGGCCCGGCCCAAACGCCGCCUGCCCCGCCUCCUGAGCCGGGGCCAGGGUCGGGACGUCAGGCUUUGUUCCCCUCCCGCAGGGGAGCCGCGGUGCAGACACAAAGAAGAGGAAGGCCAUGUCCCCUCCCUUUGCCCCCCUCUGGAGAAGCGGGCGGGGGCCUGGCUUCCUGGCCCUGCUUCUUUGGGAUGCGGGCGCCUGAACAAAGGGCGGGAGCCGCCCAAGAAGCGCUCUUCUUCAGCAGAGCCUCGCUGCGUAAAGCGUGGAGGAAGCGAAGCGCCCGAUCCCAAGGAGCCAAACCCAACGCCACCUCUUCGCCUCCUGCAAGCGCGCCUGGUCCUGAUGCUGCAGCCGGUGCAGUAUUUUGCAGCGGCGCCUCCGGAUUGGCCGAGGCGUCCGCGAAACCCGCCGCCAGAGCCCGGCCGCCUCCUCCAAUCGCUCCGCGCCCACCGCUCCUGCCGCUGCCCGCCGCCCUCCAGCCCGCCACCGCCGCCGUCGCAGCAGCCCCGCCGCCGGUGCAGCAUGAGAGAGAUCGUGCACAUCCAGGCGGGCCAGUGCGGCAACCAGAUCGGAGCCAAGUUCUGGGAGGUGAUCAGUGAUGAGCAUGGGAUAGACCCCAGCGGGAACUAUGUCGGGGAUUCUGAUCUGCAGCUGGAAAGGAUCAGUGUGUACUACAACGAAGCCUCCUCUCACAAAUAUGUCCCCAGAGCCAUCCUGGUGGACCUGGAACCUGGCACCAUGGACAGUGUUCGUUCGGGCGCUUUCGGACACCUCUUCAGACCAGACAACUUCAUCUUUGGUCAAAGUGGUGCAGGGAACAACUGGGCUAAGGGCCACUACACAGAAGGUGCCGAGCUGGUGGAUUCCGUCCUGGAUGUAGUGAGAAAGGAAUGUGAAAACUGCGACUGCCUGCAAGGCUUCCAGCUCACUCACUCCCUUGGUGGAGGCACAGGAUCUGGCAUGGGGACCCUUCUUAUUAGCAAAGUCCGUGAAGAAUACCCAGACCGGAUCAUGAACACUUUCAGUGUGGUGCCUUCCCCCAAAGUAUCUGACACUGUGGUAGAGCCUUACAAUGCCACCCUGUCUAUCCACCAGCUGGUGGAAAACACAGAUGAGACCUACUGUAUCGACAAUGAAGCCCUCUACGACAUCUGCUUCCGGACCCUCAAGUUGGCUACCCCGACCUAUGGAGACCUCAAUCACCUGGUUUCUGCCACCAUGAGUGGUGUGACCACCUCUCUGAGAUUCCCAGGGCAGCUCAAUGCAGAUCUGCGCAAACUGGCAGUCAACAUGGUUCCCUUCCCUCGCCUCCACUUCUUCAUGCCCGGCUUCGCUCCCCUGACAGCCCGCGGGAGCCAACAGUAUCGAGCCCUAACUGUGCCUGAGCUCACACAACAGAUGUUUGAUGCCAAGAACAUGAUGGCCGCCUGCGAUCCUCGCCAUGGUCGCUACCUCACUGUGGCCACAGUCUUCAGAGGACGCAUGUCCAUGAAGGAGGUGGACGAGCAGAUGCUCGCCAUUCAGAGCAAGAACAGCAGCUACUUUGUGGAAUGGAUUCCCAACAACGUCAAGGUAGCCGUAUGUGACAUCCCACCCCGUGGCCUGAAGAUGUCCUCUACCUUCAUUGGCAACAGCACCGCCAUCCAGGAGCUCUUCAAGCGCAUCUCAGAGCAGUUCACGGCCAUGUUCCGGCGCAAAGCCUUCCUCCAUUGGUACACGGGGGAGGGCAUGGAUGAGAUGGAGUUCACGGAGGCCGAGAGCAACAUGAACGACCUGGUCUCCGAGUACCAGCAGUACCAAGAUGCCACCGCUGAAGAGGAAGGGGAGAUGUACGAAGAUGAUGAAGAAGAGUCUGAAGCCCAGGGUGCCAAGUGAAGGCCUGGCUGGGAGCCACCCUCCACCCUCCCUAGGAAGAAGCUGCCCUUGGCACCAUCCCAUGGCUCAUCUUCAUCUGCCAACUUUCCCAUCUGAUGAGUUUUAGACAACCAGCUUCUAGCUACUUCUGAUUCAAGCGUUCCAAAUUUUAAAAUUCAGUAUUUCACCAUCUUUUCUUCCUGCUCCCCAAUCUCCAGCUUUUUGAGUUAGUGCAAGUCCCAAAGUUAGUCACUUUGGUAGAUUCAAGGAUCAUGUUCUUUACUUUUUACUGGUCUGUGUCUAUUUUUAUGUUUUGGAAAACUUAAUAAAUUUGUUGCUGUCCAGCUUG